AUGAAGGGCAAGAAGUUUCUCAGCCUGCGGGAUAGGAAUGGAAACCAACGCAGGAGCAAGUCCUCUGAGCCAGGACACAAGAGCCGACCACUCUCAGCCGAAGCUUUUCGAGCGCUCUUCAAGAGUGACCGACCACCGAGCGACGACGAGGUUAAGGAGAAAGAGUUGGCAAAGGUACACAAGGGCACAACCCGUCGAGAUUACGGAAGUCUAACUGCGCAACAGGUCGAAGACAUUACACGCCUUCUUGCCGAGUCCAACAUCACCGAUGUAUCUGCCGAGCACAUUCGAGACUCCCUGAACAGCAAAUUCGCCGAGGGCGAUGUCGACAAGACGGUCGAGUUUAUCCAGCUGCAAUGUAAGGCCAUGGCCGGUAAAAUCACACACUACAACCCACAAGUCGAGAUGGUCGGCGCAGAGAAUAGGGGCAACGUCACUUGCUACCUCGACUCCCUGCUGUUCGCCAUGUUCGCGAAGCUGGACGCUUUUGAAUGCAUGCUGAAAAACGAGUUUACGGACGAACCAAAGCGCAGACUGGUUACACUGUUACGGUUGUGGGUGAAUAUGCUCAGGAGCGGAAAGAUGAUCCAUACGGAUAUGACAAAACUGAUCCAAGAUGCCCUCGCCGACUGCGGCUGGAGCGACGCCAAGCUCCUAGAACAGCAAGACACUUCCGAAGCUUUUGCGUUCGUCACCGAAACACUUCAACUACCUCUCUUACAACUGCAAGUCGACCUUUUCCACCAAGGAAAGAAUGACAAGGACGACCAUAAACUGGUCUACGAACGACUCCUGAACCUGGCAGUGCCCCCGGACCCCGAAGGCAAGGGAAUUAAACUCGAGGACUGUCUGGAGGAAUACUUCAAUACACAGGUGGACGUGCUGAGAGAUAGCCACGAAGAAAAGAAAGAGCUGGAGAGAUCGGCUUCAACCAAGAACACCAUACGGCUAGUCACCCGAGAAGAUAGACAGGAGUCAGAGGCAGCAGACACCCUGAGCGCGUCACCGCUACCGCUGUCGCCACUUGAACGCCAGUGGACAGCAUCACAGCCACCAAAUGGCGCUCCUGAGUCGCCCAGUGGCUCUUCGCGGCCGACUCCAAGGCACCGCUCAACUAGUGUUAUCCAGCGGGUUGUGCUGGAAGAGAAGGACCAAAGAAAAGAGUCUGAGACUCCAAGCAUGCUGGAAAAGGCGCGACGGACGAGCUCGACUGUGGUCAAGGCUGUGACGAUUCCGGCGUGGCAGUUUUUCAAGCUGAUCCCUUGGCAUGCUGCUGGGAACAAGGAGCCCAAGAACGAUAUGGAUGUUGCCAUGAACUUUAACCAGCGACCCGUGGUUGGUAUCUGUCUCAAGCGGUACAUGAUGACGAACUCUGGCAUUCCGCAACGCCAGAACACAUUCAUCGACAUCCCGGACAGCUUGAGGUUGCCGCACUUCAUGCUUGGAGACGAAACGCAGCUUGAGGAGGACCCCAAUGGCUUCAGUAUGGAGUACAAGCUGGUGCUUCAGUCCGUGGUCUGCCAUCGUGGCGAAUCACUCUACAGUGGACACUACGUCUCGUUCGCAAGAGUGGCUCCAAAGCUUCUUACUGACAACAGGCGGCACGAGCGUGAUCCACCUCCCGACUAUGAAGAAGCCCAAUGGGUCAAGUUCGACGACCUGGACAUCGACAAUAGGGUGACAUAUGUGGACGAUAUCAAGCAGGCACUGAAGGACGAGAUGCCCUAUCUCCUGUUCUACCAGAUAGUGCCAAUGGUCGAGGUUGCGUCAACGGAGGAGACUGAGACGGAGCCGCCCUCUUACAAUGAGUCCAAGGUCAGCGUCAACUUGCCGACUACGCCUAACCCCGUCAAUGGCAACGGCAAUCAAUCGGGAAUGUCAUCGUCAAAGAGCGACUACUUCGAGAACACUUCGAUAUCGCCACCCAAGGCACCAAGCAUCCGGUUUUCGUCGGAACUGGAGAGGCCCAGCCGUAUCAGUUUUGGCGAUGACGAGCCAUACUUGGGCUUCAAGGAUUCACGUCGUGGCAGUGUCAACUUUACAGACUCGACACAGGGCACACCAUCAGUCACUCCCGAUGGCGUGUCGCCGGCCGUUACACCAGGCGAAGAAACGACGGCGCAACGACUUUCUCGCGCUGCCGCCCUCUUCACAGGCAAGAACAAGAGCAGACCCACGAGUCAAGCGGGCGAGGGUCGCAUCAGCCUCACCAUGUCUCGGAUUGGUGGGCUCAUGCGGCCAAGCAAGGAGCCGCUGCGCGACCUCAACAGCAACGCGAGCAACAACGCGCUAGUGGCAUCUGUCAGCGCCCCUGUACCUGAUUCGGUGACCGAAGAGGAGUUUGUUGAAAAUGCAGAGGCGGACCAAACCCCGGUGGCAGACCCGGAGAGAAAGGACUCUAAAGAUCUCAAGGAGAGAAAAUCCUCGGAGCACCACCACAAGCAUGGACACAAGCGGGGCAAAUCCAAGAACCGCUCCGCGGAAAAGAAGAAGAACAAGGAUGGGGAGGAACCGGAGCGAGAAUGCGCAGUGAUGUAG